GGGCUGAGGUAGAGAGAGAGAGAAGGAAAGAGGGAGAGAAAAGGAGUGCAGGAGGGACGUGAGGGGAAAAAGGCUGCGUGUCUGUUUUGCAGAUGAGUAUGUCCUCAUGGCGGUCUGAUUUUGACCAGUGAGGAUCUCUUUUUUUUGUGUGUGUUUUUGUUGAAGCAAUCUCUCAUUUGUACACAAUCUGGGCUUCUGGAUUUUUGUCAUUCUACAUUGGACUGGAGUUGGUUAAGGAUGUUGACUCUGCGUCAAAGGAGUGUUUGUUCAAGAUUCAAUGCAAGGUCACUUCAUUGACCAUCCUCUGUGGAUCUCUAGUCACUGCGGACAUUCUGAACAAAGCUAGAUUGGCUAACGAAUCUUUGACUUUGUCCUUCCUUUGGAGAUGACACGCAUGUACAUGCAUACUUCAAACACACUCUCCUACUCUGAAUGACUCUGCACUCUUUCCUCGCGCACGGAAUUCCUGGAAGAUGUGUGUGUGUGCAGUAGUUCCUGUCAACCGUGCUAGUCUGAUGGAUUCAGGAAUUCUCUCCUGCUCACAUCCUCAUCGGACAUUCCCUGGAAGCCUACGUCUUUGAAGGCCUUUUUAUUCUCUAAAGACCUCCGUAAACUGCACGACCAAACUUCAUCUUCCCGUAAACUCCCAACAAUGUCUGAGGCUGAUAUCAUCACUGCUGUAUUCUAGUACGCUCUCAUUCCCAACCAACGUCAGACUGCUCUCUGAGACUAUUUUCCGUGGAACUCCGGCAGGAUUUGCCUUGUUGAGCUGUGUGGUUUGGUUGUAACUGCAGGGUUCACGUUCCUCUUGUUGGCUCAUGCCUGUUACUCUGCAGGUCAAAGGCUGGAAUGUCCUGAGUCAGUCCCCCGGGCCCAGAGAAGAACUCCCAGUAGCAGCAGCGGCAGCCAGCGCUGAUGGGACCUGCUGCUCCAGUAUGAGCCUUCAAGAUGCCGGCUGCGGCUAUGCUAGCACCAACGCUAAUGCCAAUGUGGCGGCUAACACGGCUAGCGGCAGCAUGCGGCGGCGCCUGGAGGACCAGGAGUUCACCCUGCGCGUCUACCCGGGUGCCCUGGCCGAGGGAACCAUCUACUGCCCCGUGGGCGCCCGCAAGAGCACCACGGCUGCCGAGGCCAUCGAGCAUCUGCUGGAGCGCCUGAGCCUGGAUGGUACCAAAUGCUACGUGUUAGCCGAGGUGAAGGAGUUCGGCGGGGAGGAGUGGAUACUUAACCCCAGCGACUGCCCCGUCCAGCGGAUGAUGCUGUGGCCCCGCAACGCCCUGGAGAACCGCUGUGGCCUGGGCAGUGGCGAGGACUACCGCUUCCUGCUCCGCGAGAAGAACCUGGACGGCUCCAUCUAUUAUGGGGGGAGUCUCCAGAUGUGGCUGCUUGUGACCGAGGAGCGCCGCCGUAUGGUGGAACGGGGUUUCCUGCCCCAGCCCGCAGGGGGCGAGCACCCUUCCGACCUGUGCGCUCUCCCCGAGCUGACGGAGCGCGCCCUGCUGGAGAGUCUGCGCACGCGCUUCCGCCAGGAGAAGAUCUACACCUACGUCGGCUCCAUCCUCAUCGUCAUUAACCCUUUCCAGUUCCUACCCAUCUACAACCCCAAGUAUGUCAAGAUGUACGACAACCAUGCGCUGGGCAAGCUGGAGCCGCACAUCUACGCGGUGGCGGACGUGGCCUACCACGCCAUGCUGCAGCGACGGAGGAACCAGUGCAUCGUCAUAUCCGGCGAGAGCGGCUCGGGGAAGACCCAGAGCACCAACUUCCUGAUUCAUCACCUGACCGCCCUCAGCCAGAAGGGAUUUGCCAGCGGGGUGGAGCAGAUCAUCCUGGGGGCGGGGCCUGUGUUAGAGGCAUUUGGGAACGCCAAGACAGCUCACAACAACAACUCCAGCCGCUUUGGCAAGUUCAUCCAGGUCAACUACCAGGAGAGUGGUACCGUCCGGGGAGCGUACGUGGAGAAGUACCUUCUAGAGAAGUCACGUCUGGUCUACCAGGAGCACAAUGAAAGGAACUACCAUGUGUUCUACUACCUGUUGGCUGGAGCCAGUGAGGAGGAGAGGAAGGCCUUCCACCUGCUCAAACCUGAGGAGUACCACUACCUCAACCAGAUGACAAAGAAAUCUCACAGACUCCACUGGGAAAAUUACUAUGAGAGCGAGCUGCAGGACUGCUUCACUGUGGAAGGGGAGGACCUGAAGCACGACUUUGAGCGGCUGCAGUUGGCUAUGGAGAUGGUGGGGUUCCUGCCUGCCACACGCAAACAGAUCUUCUCCCUGCUGUCUGCUAUCCUCCACCUGGGCAACAUCCGCUACAGGAAGAAGUCCUACAGGGACGACUCCAUAGACAUCUGUAACCCAGAGGUGCUGCCCACUGUCUCGGAGCUGCUCGAGGUGAAGGAGGAGAUGCUGUUCGAGGCUCUGACCACCAGGAAGACUGUCACGGUGGGAGAGCGGCUGAUCGUGCCAUAUAAACUGGCAGAGGCUGGCACCGUGCGGGACUCCAUGGCCAAAUCCCUGUAUAGCGCCCUGUUUGACUGGAUCGUCUUCAGGACCAACCAUGCCCUGCUCAACAACAAAGACCUGGAGGAUAGUGCCAAGAUUCUUUCAAUUGGAGUGCUGGACAUCUUUGGCUUUGAAGACUACGAAAACAACAGCUUUGAGCAGUUCUGCAUCAACUUUGCCAACGAGAGGCUCCAACACUACUUUAACCAGCACAUCUUUAAGCUAGAACAAGAGGAGUACAGGGCAGAGGGCAUCAGCUGGCACAACAUCGACUACAUCGACAACACCGGCUGCAUCAACCUCAUCAGCAAGAAGCCCACUGCGUUGCUCCACCUGCUGGACGAAGAGUGCAAUUUUCCCCAGGCCUCUAACCAGACCCUGCUGGACAAGUUCAAGCGGCAGCACGAGGGGAACAGCUACAUCGAGUUCCCCGCAGUCAUGGAGCCGGCCUUCAUCAUCCACCACUACGCCGGCAAGGUCAAAUACGGGGUCAAGGACUUCAGGGAGAAGAAUACGGACCACAUGCGUCCGGACAUCGUGGCCCUGUUGAAGAGCAGUAAGAACGCCUUCAUUUGUGGCCUGAUGGGCAUCGACCCCGUGGCCACCUUCCGCUGGGCCGUGCUCAGAGCCUACUUCAGAGCCAUGGUGGCCUUCAGGGAGGCUGGGAAGAGACACACCGACAAAAAGACUGGGAAUGAUGCUGCUGUACCAUGUGUUGUCAAGAGCGUGGACAGCUUCAGCUUCCUCCACCACCCUGUGCACCAGAGGAGCCUGGAGAUCCUGCAGAGAUGCAAAGAUGAGAAAUACAGUAUCGCUAGAAAGAAUCCCCGGACCCCCUUGUCAGACAUCCAUGGCACCAACACACUGAACGAGAAAUCCGGCAGGGAUGGUUAUGGUGUGGGCUGUAACGGUCGUAGCUCCAUACAGGGUCGUCUGUCUUCCUCAGGCUCGGAGUUCGAUGACGGCGUCUUCGUCAACUCCACUAGCAGCAAGCUCCUGGAGAGAGCGCAGGGCAUCCUCAUGCGGAACAAAAACUAUAAGUCCAAGCCCUGCCUACCGAAGCACCUGCUGGAUGUGAAGUCUCUGAGGUACCUGAGCAGUGUGACCCUCCACGACCGCAUCACCAAGUCCCUCCUCCACCUGCACAAGAAGAAGAAGCCGCCCAGCAUCAGCGCCCAGUUCCAGGCCUCCCUGAACAAGCUGAUGGAGACCCUGGGUCAUUCGGAGCCCUACUUUGUCAAGUGUAUCCGCUCCAAUGCAGAGAAGCUCCCACUGCGUUUCAACGAUGCCCUGGUGCUCAGGCAGCUGAGGUACACAGGCAUGCUGGAGACCGUCCGCAUCCGCCAAUCAGGAUACUCCAUCAAAUACACCUUCCAGGACUUUGUGCGUCACUUCCGUGUGCUUUUACCAGACAGAACUAGACCAACCAAGUCUGGCAUCCGGGAGUUCUUUCGUCAGGUUCACCUAGCACCUGCUGGGUAUCAAGUGGGCAACACAAUGGUGUUCUUGCGGGAGGCAGAGCGGCAGCGGCUGCAGGCCCUGCUCCACACGGAGGUGCUGCGGUGCAUCGUCACGCUGCAGCGCCGCUUCCGAGCCCGGCUGGAGAGGAAACACUUCAUCAGGAUGAGGCAGGCCGCUGAUGUCAUCCAGAGGUGGUGGCGGGGCUGCCUGCUCAGACAAUCGGAGGCGGCAGUGGACGCAGCAGUCCAGGAGGAGGCAGCAGUGUGCCUGCAGGCAGCAUGGAAGGGCUUCAGGGAGCGCAGGCUGUUCCUGCAGUGGCAGGACUCUGCCCUGAUAAUACAGAGGAGCUGGAGAAACAGCAGCCGGCGCAGGGUUCUGGCGGUCAUUACGGUGCAGACAGCCUGGCGGGCCUACAGAGAGAGAGCCCACAAUUGUAGGACACACAGUGCAGCGACACUGCUACAGGCAGCGGGUAGGGGCUACCUGGCUCGCCUAAGGUUCACAGAACUAAAAGAGCAGAGUAUGCAUGAAAAGCAGUUGCUCAAUGGACAAAGGAGCCCCACCACAGAAGAAAGAAAGCCAGAGAGGACCAUUGGCCUGGAUACUGACACCUCGGACGAACAGGUCCUCGAGAUCAACCACAAUCAUGACAUCCAAGAUGUCUCCACAGUCUGGCCUACUGAAGACUCUAAGGAGUCUAAGUCGGCGUGUUUAGUGAAGGAGGAGGAAGAAGGAGAGAGCGAGAGAAGCCAGAGUAUAGAGGAGCCCAACUGCCACAAGACGAGGGCCAAGAGACAGAGCCGGCGCAUGAGGGAGCUGGAGCAGGCCCAGUUCAGCCUGGAGCUACUCAAAGUGAGGACCCACAGCACAGGAGGGACUCUGCAAGAGGAGGAGACCCCUGUACCCCCGUGUCAGGACAGCACCCCCUGUCCCCUGGACGACCACCAGCCCUCCUCGCCCCACCGGUGCUUCCCCGUUAGCCACGGGAACUUUGAGCUGCUCGACACCACCAUGGAUGUGGAGGCGGGAAGGCCUGGUUACCCCGGUUGCCAUGAUACCCAGUUCACGCCGUUCCGGACCCCUUCCCAAGAGGAUUUGAAUGGACCAAGGUCUCCAGAGUCCCAGCCCCAGCCACAGAAUGACCCAGAGGUGGUAAAUGAGAAUGAUCCAAGCCCCAUGAUACCAUCCCCUAUCAAGGAGGUGGUGGCAGAGGAUCCACAAGCUACCUUCUAUAUCCCCUCUGAGGACCAAAGCCGCGAGCCCAAGCAAGAGAGCCCAGGCAAGCCCGUGAAGGAGUGGCGAGAGUCCGCCUUACGAAGGCCCGUGGUUGUGGUCAUCAGCAUGCAGAAGGAGACCCCUCUGGAGGAGGAGCUGUGGGCGCCGCCAGCCCAAGAGAGUGCACUCCAGACAGGUGUGACCACCACUGCCUCCCGCCUUACACCCAUCGCCGGCCUGGAAGUAUCAGAGAAGGCCCAGCCACCCAGGACUGUUACCCAGCCUCGGAGAGACUUAACUGGGGUAGACAGGUCUAGCUUGGUCCCCUCCUCCACCUCCACCCAUGGCCUUUGUCCUUCCGAGGUAGACAUCCAGAUUGUCCCUGAGCCCAAGGCCCCAUCCGGUGAAGUCCUACCCAGCCAGAUGGAGAGGAAGGCAGGCUGGCCGGUGCAGGACAACUGGGUCUCCACCAACAGUAUCUUGGAGAGCAGGGAAGUUUCCACCAAAGCAGCAGCCAAGGCACCACAGAAGAAGAGCCCGACCCAGACCAUCAUUGUCAGUAUGACCGAGAAGCCCCCCACAAACACCACAUUCUGCUCCCGACGCAAGCUCCCCUUCUCCAAGUCUGAUAAGGACCUGGUGAACCAGGAGCGGUCGUUGGCCAUGCAUAGACAGGAGGCCUCCGCCUCUAGAGCCACUGCUGGACAGAGAACCAAAGAGCAGGUGGGCCGGCCCGGCCCCAAAAAGAAAGCCCGUAUGUCUCGGACCCGCUCUGACUUCCUGACCCGCUGUAACUCCGAGGGGGCGGGCCAGUCGGACGAUGACGACGUCGACACAUUCUACACCCCCGCCCUGUCCCGCACGCUGCCCCUCCUCCCCCCGCCCUCCCUGACCCACCCCAAGGGGGGCACUGAGCCGGCCUGUUACAGUGACUCUGAAAUGGCUUCUCACAAGGAAGAGCAUAAGAAGUUCCACAAGACUAUGUCUUCAGGGGACCUGGGCAAGGUAGCAGCGCUUGGGAAGACAUCCAGUCAGGAUGGAAGCAGAGUGCGAGGGAAGAUGCGUUUCUGGGGCAAGGCCAAGCAUGCAGAGAAGAAGCUGUCCAGAGAGAAGCAGCAGACCACCAGGAGUGAGUCCACACAGGGAGACUGCACCGACAAGACAGAUGGCACGUCAUCUCCCCCCCACAGUCCCGACCUGACUGCAACCAGGGGCCGGGAUUCCAAGGAGAACAAGGACCCCUCUCCCAAAGUGAGGCGGAGACGCAGCGUCAAGAUCAGCAGCGUGGCCCUAGAGCCUGCCCAGUGGCAGAACGAUGCUCUGCACAUCCUCACCAACGCCCAUGACUACAGGAGCAUGAAUGACUUCCUCAUGAAGAAGAUCAAUGACCUGGACUCUGAGGACGGCAAGAAGGACACCUUGGUGGACGUGGUCUUCAAGAAGGCUCUGAAGGAGUUCCGCCUCAACAUAUUCAACUCCUACUCGACCGCUCUGGCUAUGGAUGACGGUAAGAGUAUCCGCUAUAAGGACCUGUACGCCCUGUUUGAACACAUCCUGGAGAAGAGCAUGCGGCUGGAGCAGAGGGACUGGAGCGAGUCGCCCGUCAAGGUCUGGGUCAACACCUUCAAGGUCUUCCUGGAUGAGUUCAUGACCGAGUACAAGCCCAUGGACAGCACCAUCGGCAAGGCCCCCAAACCAGAACGCAAGAAGAGGAGGAAAAAGGAACCUGACAUUGUUGAGGAGCACAAUGGGCACAUCUUCAAGUCCACCCAGUACAGCAUCCCCACCUACUGCGAAUACUGCUCCUCUCUUAUCUGGAUGAUGGACCGGGCCUGCGUUUGCAAACUGUGUCGGUACGCCUGCCAUAGAAAGUGCUGCUCUAGGAUGACCACGAAAUGUUGCAAAAAGUACGACCCAGAACUGUCGUCCAGGCAGUUUGGCGUGGAGCUGUCUCGUCUGACCAGCGAGGAGAGGACUGUGCCCCUGGUGGUGGAGAAGCUCAUCAACUACAUUGAGAUGCACGGCCUCUACACCGAGGGCAUCUUCAGGAAGUCUGGCUCCACCAACAAGAUCAAGGAGCUCCGGCAGGGGCUGGACACAGAUGUGAGCAGCAUGAACUUGGACGAUUACAACAUCCACGUCAUUGCCAGCGUGCUCAAACAGUGGCUCCGCGACCUGCCCAACCCUCUGAUGACCUUUGAACUCUACGAGGAGUUCCUUCGAGCCAUGGGCCAGCCAGACAAGCGGGAGGUGAUCCGUGGGGUGUACUCUGUGAUUGACCAGCUCAGCCGAACCCACCUGAGCACCCUGGAGCGCCUCAUCUUCCACCUGGUCAGGAUCACUCUGCAAGAGGACACCAAUCGUAUGUCGGCCAACGCCCUGGCCAUAGUUUUCGCCCCCUGCAUCCUCCGCUGCCCCGACACCAUCGACCCCCUGCAGAGUGUCCAGGACAUCGGCAAGACCACCGCGUGUGUGGAGCUGAUCAUUGGAGAGCAGAUGAAUAAGUACAGGGCCAGACUGAAGGACAUCAACAGUCUGGAGUUUGCUGAGAACAAGGCCAAGAGCAGACUGACACACAUCAGGAGGUCCAUGGGCAAAGGUGGUCUUCGGAGGGGUAGCAGCCACCACACGCCCUCCCCACCCCUCAGCCCCAGAGCGGUCCCGGUGGACGGGGACAGUGCUGGGGAGGAGGGGGCAGAGCCAGGGCUGACGGAACAGCAGCAGGCCGCCAUGCAGCAAGAGGAGAGGGUCCUCACCGAGCAGAUCGAGAGCCUGCAGAGAGAGAAGGAGGAGUUGACAUACGAGAUGUUGAUGUUGGAACCGCGGGCGUCUGAUGAUGAGACUCUGGAGUCGGAGGCCUCGAUAGGAACAGCAGACAGCUCUGAGAACCUCAGCAUGGACCAUGAGGGAGCCGCCUCCAACCCCUCUGGCACCUACCGCUCUCGGAAGCCUGAGACCAAGAUCCGCCGCGGCCUCCGGAGACAACCCGACUCUGUGGACUCGGUCGACUCCAUCUUGUCCACCGCCUCUUCCUCGCUCUCCUCCUCAUCCUACCACCCCUCCUCCUCGGUUAUCCCUCCUUCCCCCAACUACCGCUUCCGCUCCUCCUCAUCUGGCCCCCUGCUCGCCUCCUGCUCAUCGGGCCUAGGAGUCCCCGUAGUGCAAUCUGAGGGGGACCCGAGGAGCACUGUGGGGGUGAAGAGUCGCCACCGCCUCCGGCUGAGUAGGAGCUCACCGCGUGAAGCCCCCGAAGGCCACAGGAGGGAGUCUGACUUCAGCUCGCCGCCCCAACAGCUGGUUCUGUAUGGCAGUAACGAGUUUAUGGUGUGAGGGAAAGUGGCGGAGAGACGAGACAUCCGAACCGCCUUCUAUCCCCCAUGCCGAUAGAAUGUGUAUGAGGAAGGGAGGAAGGGAGUGAAACAGGGCUAGAAUGGGCCAUAUGUAGGCAUCCGUCUCUCACUUCUGUCCUCCCCUAGCUGUGCUCACCUCUCUACUUCUUCCCUGUGCCAGUCUUGCCUUGGAGGUCUGCCGCCGUCCCACUAUGCAGUUGGGCGCCAUCUGCUUGGUGGGAGUGUGCUGAGUGUGAAGUGAAAGAUGAUGAACGGAGAGGGAGAAAGAGAGAUGGGAUGAAUGAACGAAAGAAAGAAGUAGGAAGCCUCGGGAACUAAGAUGGAGGCGUGUCAGGAGGCUGUAGAGGAAUAAAUGGGCGAGAGAGAGCAAGAGAGUGAGGAAAAGGAUGAGGGCGGCUGCCUUGACUCACCUGUCUUUUUGAACUUUGACCUCCAAGCCCCUUGACCCCUGCUGGAGCCUCAGGGGCACGGAGGGGCUGGAGAGAAUGGGAAAAAAAUAGAAGCUACAGCGCCAUCUUUUGAGUGGAGGUCUAAAGUGGUUUGAGCCACUCAAAAGCAGAGUAACUGACUGAGAGGACAGUCCACCAUUUUGAUAAGAAGCACUCAGCUACUCUCACAUCUGCUUUCAAGUUUACACGAUACAGCCUCUCCACAAGGCUGCAUGCUCCUUCAUUACACUUGUUUCCUAUGCCUGUUCAAGAGACUACUGUGGUGAUGUGUUAUAAAUGUGUAAUAUGACAUUAUUAUGUUAUUAAAAAUAUGUAAAUAGAAGGAACUCCAGUGCUACUGGGUCGUCCAGUGUUUAUAAUAACUGUGUCUUGUCAGGAGUCUUUUGCAAAGUGAAGUGUAUGGGAUUCAGGUUCUGGUUUUGUUUGUCGUUUUGUUUUGUUGAUUUUUAACAAGGCCGGUGCUAUCCGGGAUCUUUGGGACGUCCCUACCCUAAACACUAACCCUUAUCCUAACCCAAACUAUAACCGUAAACCUUACCGAAACGUAACCAUUUUUUUUAUUUCAACUUCAAUGGGGGGUAGGGACGUCCCAAGGAUCCCAGAUAGCACAUAGCAUUUUAACAGAGCCACUUGAUGUGUUCAGUUGGUGCCACUUCUUCUCAUGUGAAAUAAUACAUGUGGUGCAACAAGGGAUUAACUUUCAGACACUUACGAUCAUCACAGCACUGUUGCCAUUGUGUUUGACACCGUGACUGCGGUGUUCAAUGUUUAUCAGCCAUAAUGUAUUGUAAUGCCUUUCUCCUCCAUCUGUCGUUUGUCUGCCCCCCCCCCCCACCCCCACCCCCCCACACACAAUUCUACGUUGUUCUGAGACAUCAGUAUUAAGAGUAACCAAAUCAGGACUUGAUUUUAUUUUGUCUCUUUAUUGGUGUAUCAUUAUUGUUGUUGUUAUAGUUGCCAUUGAGGCUAUUGUCAUCUUUUUGUUGUAACAGCUUUACUUGCGUGGUAAAGGGGGAUUUUGUUGAGACGAAAUACAUUUUUAUCGCCUAUCUGUACCAAGAGGUGUGUGUGUGUGGUUGGUUGGUUAUCACUACUGCUCUGUUCAUUUGAUGUCAACACAGUCCAACCUUUACGACAGACCCUUAUCAGUCCUCUGCUAUGUAUGUCCCAUACAACCUUUGAGCCAGCCAAAUCCUUCGCCUCUGAUUUUGACAUUGGUUAAAAUAUGAAUGAACCUUUCCAUCCACUUCACUACUGGGCUUUCCUGAACAGUAGCAUUUACUCCAUGCUAAAUAUGUAUUUAAAUGCCUCGCAGAGAAAAGGCAAUCAGUUUCAAAUGUCCAGUGUGUUUCAACAGAAGAUAACUAUCUCUGGUACUGUAAGAUAAAUACCGCUGUACUCUCUCUAUACCGUGCAAUAUCCUAUGUGCCCUGUAGGGGGACAUAUCUAUCUAUCUCUUCUCACCAGUACUUAACCUGGAGUUAAAUCAGUAUUAUAGUCUUGCCAUUCCUGUACUGUACUUGCCAUCCAAUGCAAUACAACAAGGACACAUCUGAAACAACACAAUCAAAGUCUUGACAUAGAGAAGGUGUAGGACUUGAUUGCAGAAUAGUCGUCAUAAUGAAUAGAGAAUUUCAUGUAGCCUAUGUGUUUUGUCACAAGCUUGCCUCUUCUUCAGUGUGCGUUUUUCCAUCCAGAUUCUCCACUGUGUCCCGAAACCGGUAGAGACUUCACUUGCUGCUUGUUGUCUACUAUUCGGGUGAAACAGCUGAACCAUGGUGGUAUUUUAGGGAGCAGGCGCCUCGAUUCUGUCACAACCAAACCUGGGUUGUAUGCAUUAGGCACCGAAUGAAAGAAAACUGACUGAAACAGGAAGGGACUACCCGAACUGACUACGAAUAAGAACCACUUGUUUUUGUUUUACGCUUUUUGCUACGGUGUGCCCUAAUGAAUACGACCCUGGUUAUCAGAAAGAGCACUCAGAAGUUCAGUUUCGAGAGGGGAGCACCGAGGGUUGUUGAGGGGCGUGGGAGAAAAUAACCAUUCAUGCUGGUCAAAAACCCACACUAAGCACGGUAUUUGUACACCCUAAGGCAUUGGUGUCCUGCUAAAGUGAAUGCACCGAUCACUGGAAGGCAAUGCUCUGCUUUCUCUUGUCGUUUUGUUGUUAUUUUUAUAUACAGUAUGUAUAUUGUAUUUAUGAUCAUGCUUAUGAGUGUACAUUGAAGAGGGGGGGGGAAGCCUGUAAUUAAAAGGAUAUAUUAUCCUGUGUAUGACUCCUUCUAUAAUAUUAAUCAUAUUUAAUGUUUUUUUACAGGCUCAAAAAAAAACUCAUGUUUGUGCUACAGCAAAAAUCCAACUUGAGCAAUUGUAUCUUUUUGUGUGUGUGUGUGUGUGCUACUCUGGACACAGUUGUAUGUAUAAGGUGCAAUUUGUCUUAAUAUUUCUUUUUUUAUUAUAUAAAUUAUAUGUCUAUGUUAAAAAUAAAAAUAAACAAAUUUAUGAGGGAAAAAAAUCAUGUGCUUAUUAAAAAGGCCAAACUGUUGUGAAUUGUGUGAUUAAAAUACGGUGCAUUCGGAAAGUA